UCCAUUUUCCCCCCUCCUUCCUUCACUCAACUCAAUCUGUACCCAAUUCGAUAACCUACUUAGCCCACCGCCCUAGCGGAACCUUUGUGAGGCCGGAACCAAUGUGCUAUAUUAUGCUGGAGGACGGAGGAGUGUUUUGGUGAUGGACCGCCAAGUAUAAGUGAAAGGUUGCUCGCGACAGUUCCGGCAGGAGAACGCGCCAGUGAGAUCCUUGUCGUCGUCCGCUGAGAUGCAGCGACAGAAUUUUCGACCCCCGACUCCUCCUUACCCCGGCCCGGGUGUAGGAGGUUGGGGUAACGGGAGCAGCUUCCGGGGUACCCCGAGCGGAGGCGGACCGCGGCCGCCAUCCCCGCGGGACGGGUACGGGAGUCCACACCACACGCCGCCGUACGGGCCCCGAUCUAGGCCCUACGGGAGCGGCCUCUCUCCGCGACACGGCGGCAGCUUCCCUGGGGGCCGGUUCGGGUCUCCGUCCCCUGGCGGCUACCCUGGCAACUACUCCAAGUCCCCCGCGGGGUCCCAGCAGCAAUUCGGCUACUCCCCAGGGCAGCAGCAGACCCACCCCCAGGGUUCUCCAAGGACAUCUACACCAUUUGGAUCAGGGCGUGGUAGAGAAAAGAGAAUGUCUAAUGAGUUGGAGAGUUAUUUCAAGCCUUCAAUGCUUGAAGACCCUUGGGCUGGCCUAGAACCAGUAUCUGUAGUGGAUAUAAGCCAACAAUACAGCAAUACGCAAACAUUCACAGGCAAAAAAGGAAGAUACUUUUGUUAACAUUUCUGAAAUUCAUCUGGACGCUUCAUGUGUCAGGAACAUCUUGGACAAAACUUUUACUUGUAAUUAAAUUGAAACCUAACAUGGUGACUUUGAUUGGGUAAUUAGUUGUGUGUUUCAUCAUAUCAAGUAUUUUUGGUAUUACAGAAGACAUGGUAGGAUAUUUGCAAUAUUUAGCUCUCUGGAAGUGCCUACCACAAUUUAGAAGAUUGACAUUUUCCAAAUGCUUAACAUUCUUGGUUAUAUAAUGGACAUUUGCCUUUUAAUGUUUUUUUCCAAUGUUUUAAAAUAAAGCAGUUUGUCUUUCUAGCUAUAUUGUGCUUUUGUCAUAUGCUAAAAAAGAAUUAUUAAAAUAAUGAUUUGUAAUCACAUAGUUAGAAUUCAUAAGUAUAUAUUUUGGAUACUGCUUUUGAAAAUAGAUAGACCAUACUUUGUGCUGUAGACGGGUCUAUAUAUUUGUUCAUAGGGAAAGGGAGUAAAGGAAAAGAAUAAAAAAAAUUUCUAUUCAUAUUAUAACCAUUGUUCUGUGUCCAUAUUUUAUGUAAUGCUUUUGUAAAAAUGCAUUGAAACUUGGUAGAAAAAGUUAGAGAAACCCACUUAAGCUUAAAUUUUAAACUAUUUCUAGCCUUUAUACUCCUUUAACUUAAAAAAGCAAGGGUGGACCUAUUUCUUGCAUAGCUAGAUUAAAGAAUUCUGUGUCUGAAUUUCUCUACUCCAUAUCUCCCGGUAUUGUGGAAUCAUUUUCUCUUGAGUCUAGGAAGAUGGCUAUCAGCAGUCUCAAAUCACUUCCAUUGUGAAGAGAAUAUUUCCCAACUCUUGUCAAUCCCAGUGAAGACAGAUUGGUCAUGCUUGGUCUUUUUUUGUAGUCUUGAUCCAAUAACUAUGAUCAAGGUGGUGUAGCAUAAUAAAUUUGAACAUGGACCCAUCCCUAGAAUGAGGCAGAGUCCCAUGAUUUUAGACCCACUAGGCCUUCCGGGACUAAAGAAAGGUUUUCCAAAGGACAGAAUGCUCUAUGCCUAUGGUUGGAGAAGGAAAUGGCAACCCACUCCAGUACUCUUGCCUGGAGAAUCCCAUGGAGGGAGGAGCCUGGUAGGCUGCAGUCCAUGGGGUUGCAGAGAGUUGGACAGGACUGAGCGACUUCACUUUCACUUUCACUAUGCCUAUGGUAAUGAAAUAUAAAGGGAUUUUCAUUUUCCCCAACUGUUUAAACAAAACUCUUAGAACUUUCAAGCUUUUUAGGUAUUUGGGGGUCAAUAUAAGAUGAAAGUAUAGCUCAUUAAAAUUUUGUUUAAACAUUCCCAGAAAGAAACUUCUAAAAGUGAAAUGGUCACACCAGUUAUUUGAGUCGUAACCAUUUCUAUUUGUAUGUUAGGUCUUUCACAGAGGCAAAACAGAAAAUAAGGGAAGGAUUUAGAUUAAUAAAAGCUUCAUGAGACUCAGGACUACUACUGUUACUAUAUUCUAAUACUAUACUGAAAGAUGUGGAAUAGAGAAAUUCAGAGGCAGACUAGUUAGGUGAGUUAUUUAACUUCUCUGUGCCUCAAUUUUCUUAUGUGUAAAAUGAAAAGAUUAACAGUACCCAUGUCAUAGAGGUGUUGUGUUUGAGGAUUAAAUGGGUUUAUAUGUGUGAAAACUUAGGCCAAAGCCUGGCACAUAGUAAGCACUCUAAAUGGCUGCUGUUACUUUCUCAUUCACCCCUAUAUCCUCAGCUCUGAGAAUGAUGCCUGGAAAAUAGUAGGUGCUUAAUAAAUAUUUGGCAAAUGGAUGCUGACAUUCUGAUUAUAACUACUAUAUUGCUCUGCCGUUAUCUGCUGUAUACAAAGAAGAUAGUAAUUUUCCCCCCAAUAUUCUAAAGGGAAUGUCCUACUUUUCUUAACGUCUUUCUAGAUGAUUUGAGGUCAUGAUGUGUGAUGAAAAUUAGAGCAAGUAGAAUACUUUCAUUGAACUUUGUAGGUAAGAAAAUCUCUAAGAAAUGGCAUUUAGAAAUAAUUAUUAGGCCAUUGCUUAGAGAUCACUGGAUUAUUGACAAAAAUAAAGUCAUGUUUUAUGCUAAUAUAUAUUAGCAUAUUUGUAAGACAUUCAAAUUAUAAUUUUCUAAUGGCUUAUGUACAUCUUUACUAGCUUAUAAGUGUAAUCUUAAACAACUAAAUGUAGGAUUUCUUUUUUGCCAAGUUACCAACAUCUGCUUCCAGAUAUCUGACCUUUCUGAUUUUAAAAGAAACAUUUUUGUCCUCAGUAAAUGUACAUUGCUUUUUUGCUCUGGUUAUUAGUGUACAUGGUUUUCAAAGGUCUUUAAACAUCGAUAUUGAUUUAUGUUACUAUCCUAUUUUGUUUAGCUGAGUGAAGAAAUUGAUCAUUCUUUUAAAUGAAAAAUUACUUUUAAUUGUUCCAAAAUGCAGAUUUUUUACCUCCAUAGAAAUGUUAAAUAACCUCUUUUGGGAAAUUUAUAGUUAAGUAUGCUUCUUAAAUAUUCAUAUAAUUGAAGAACAGAAGUAUAAUCUAUAGCUGGGUAUUAAAGACAAAGAAAGCUUUAAGGGAUUCAGAUCCAGAUCCUCAAAUCCCAAAUGUACUCUUUGUUAAAAUGGUGUGCUUAAAGAACAUUUCUGUCAUCGGUAGAUGAUGCUAGUUCUCUAUUUUCUCUUCUGCCUUUUCAUAAUUACGCUUCUCUCACUUGACAAAAGAUACCUAUGGCAGGUUUUGUUUUUCAAAACUGAUACCAGCAAUAUUUCAGGUCCCUCAGACUCCCAGAACCUUUCCUGUACCUCAUCAAGAUGUAAAGAUGUGUCCCUGGCCUUUCAACUUGAGCAGACGGUUCUGACUCCCUAAGGAAGUGUAGUGAAAGUUAAUUUAUUUUCAUUAUGGGUGAAGUGUGGUCUUAGAAAUCAGUUAUAUUGGCCUAUGUGGGGAUGCAAAAAUAGAGUGAUGACAGUUUUUGUUUAAUGACCUUGCCUUUCCUUUUUUGUCUACUGACUAUUCAAAAAAUGAUUUUUCCUGUGUGUGAAUCAUGUGAAAGUAAAACAGAGAGCAUGAACAUAACAUGAAGAGAAAGGCACCGUAUUUUUAGGAAACAAAUGAUAAAGUUGCUUGCCUUAUCUAUCUAUCUCAUCUAUUCAAUAUUGGUAUAAAAGCAUGAUGGGUUUUGGUGAAUCUGCCGUCAGGCAAACUGUCUUUUCCCCACUUUCAAUAAUGAUAAAGAGCCUGAUGAAUAUGUC